CAUCAGGCCUGGAAAGUGUUCCCUACCUGCAGCCCAGCACCAGGGUUGGAAGGGGUUCACUGCAGCGCAGCACCAGGCUCGACCUUCCUUCGUUUUUUCAUCAUCACCCCAUGGCUCCCGUUCGCGACGUGUCGACUCCGUGUGCUCCUGGUGCUGCUGGUGUGCAAGGGAAGAAGCUGUCGGAUGCACGUCUAGAUCCGGUGACUCCUAAGACGCUUUUCAACGGUGUGGCCGGCUCUUUCGGCGCGGAGAUGGUUAACAAGCUGGCGGAGCGUACGUCGGCCCUCAAGUUGGAUGAUCUGCCGGCGGGAGGGAAAGAAAGUGACAUGGUUAAGCCCUCUGCUGCUGGAAGCUCGUCGUCGCCGCCUGAUGUGCUUGACAAAGGCAAAGCAAAGGCGGAGGAUAAGGACAAUGAGGACGGUUACCUCUGUGACGAUCUGGACAAGUGCCAAGACCCGGAGGUGCUCAACGAAAUCGCUGCACAGGCGGGGUUCGCCAUUACCCUGCUGAUCCCUUUUGCAUGGAACAAGGAGGUUCCCCGCACCAUCAAUACGGUCCGACAUCUCCUAAUGGUGUGGAGGAAGCACUUGUCAGAGAACGUCAGGACCACGACUGGUUUCCAGCAACUAUCGGCUACUUACCUGUCCAAGAAACAUUUUGGUCGGAUGCAGGUGGUCUUUCAGCAGGAGGCUGAUGCGAGUUUUGUAUGGAGCCGGGAAGUGGAACAUUACACGAUGAAUGACAAGAAGCUUAAGCUUGGCUGGCAGCACCCGGAAAAUGUUGGUUAUCUGAAGAAGUGCGCGCUGCAUCCAGAGGCGAUUGAGGUGCUGCUUAGGGAUGUCACGGCGGUGAUCUCUCUCGGAGAUGAUUCGGAAGAAUCUGGUGACUGCGAUGCUGAUGAAGCAGGGCCGUACGGCUUUCCGUGA